AUGCUAGCGAACCUAGGAGAAAGGCCUAGUCCAAUGCAAAGUGCCGAAUGGAGAGAACCUCUCACUUGCAACCUUAUUGAUCGCAAAGUCCCGGAGCACAUCAUCACCGAGGCAGCAGACGAUGGAACAGAUACAUCGCUCAAUCGUCGACAGGCUCAAUUUGAGACUACUAAGCGAGUUCUGGCCAGUGCAGUGAACGAUGGCCUAGCCAGCGCAACCAUUGAAGAAUCUAUAGGUCCUGACUUGGUGUUGUGCGUACGUGACCCAGCCGGAGUUGGAGAGUCUUAUAUCAAAUGUGGUCUCCGAGGGUCCGCCUACGUUGAGAAAAAUGGUGCCAAAAUCACUGGAUUCGUACGUGCAGAUGAUCUACUUCCUCCAGUGCUCACCCAAACAGGUACAGGGAGGAUAUCAGAAGAACUAGACCCAGGUGCUAUUUGUCGCAUCAUCUGCCUCUGGCAACCCGAACAAUUUCCAAGUGCCGCCGUAGAGACACUUGUAAAGGAGGUGCAGAAUUCUGCAGACAAUCAAGCCAGUACUCAGCCGACGCUACAUUUGAACUCACCUUUGUAUGAAUGGGAGCAGUCAGUUGUGCUUGGACAUCCAACGCAUCCACUACACCGGGCAUGUCUUGCUUACCAGCCUCUGAAACCUAUCACACCUGACGAUAUACCUGAGCUGCUUGAACCCGAACUAUCGUUCAUGUCGCUACCACAAUCAGAAAUGAAAGCCUUCGGGCCAUUCUCCAGUCUACUGAAGCCUCUCUUGGAGUCGUUGGGCAUCCCUAGCCCCGAGUCAUCAGACAGAGUAGUAGUACCGUGCUUCACUCGUCAGCUUCCAAGUAUCUUGCCGCUAUUCCCUGAUGCACGCCUGCUUGGAUCUGUUAGAAAAUGCUGCCGUGCACAGAUUUCAAUGCGCACUAUAUCAUUUCUCCCUGACGUGGGAUCUCUUUUGCAUCUGAAGCUCUCCUUGAAUUGUCAAAUCACAUCGGGCCCGAGGACCAUUACACCAUGGACUGCUGCUUUAAGCCCAGCACUCAGCACAGCGCUGAAAAACCUGCUGCCGCCAGACUUAUGGAUUUUUGAAGAUGCCGCUGCUAUCACAGGCGGCCAGGAUGAUUUUGAUAAAGCACGCCAUUUAACAUGCAUUAUACGGAAGAGCCCAGAAAAGCAAGCGGAAGAACUUGGAGAGACGAUCAUCCCGGUUGCCGGACUAUUCCAGAAACCGUACAAAGAUGAUCGGACAUACAUGGAGAUCAUGUUUGGUCUCGAUGACUCAAAGCAAAAGCAAGCUUGGCUUAGAAAAUAUCUGGCAAAACUAUUCUCUUUGCUUCUGCCGCCCCUGGUCCGUCACGGAAUUGGCCUCGAAAGCCACGCCCAAAACGUCCUCGUCCGCGUCAAUACUACCUCAAAAGAGAUUACUGGGUUCGUUGUUAGAGAUUUUGGUGGUAUGAAAAUACACUCCCCUACAUUUUCACGUACCAGAAUUGAUCUCAGUUCAAUUCCCCCGGGCGCGAGUGCAUUCGUCGACGACAUACAUAAAGUGUGGCACAAAGUCUAUCAUGCUCUGAUUCAGAUGCAUGUGGGCCACCUAUUAUAUAUGCUAGACUUGGAAUCCCAUGGAGGAUGGCCCAUUGUUCGCGAGGAGCUCGAAAGAGUACUGGACCCUUUGGGUGAUCCAGAUGGAAGGGCAGUGCAUGAGGCCUUUACGAAUAAGACUAUGGCCUUUAAGUGUUUCAUGGAGAUGCGACUAAGGAAUAUUUAUCGCGAUUAUUAUGAGAGAGAGCUGCCGAAUAUUCUCCUCCGGGAUUUGCAGUCAUAA